GCGGAAGUGGAGGGUGCGCUUGGCGGCGGCGGCGGGAGCUGCGGAGUCGGGAAUCAAAACAAAGGGCCUGGGGGGGCGGGGGGAAGGCGGCGGGGCCGGAAUGUGAGCGGAGGUGGAGCCGGCGGCUGAGGGUGGAAGAAUGACAGAAAAGAAAGAUGGGAGAAUGUUGAACCACUUUGUAUGGCUGUAUGAUGGAAGGAAACGGAACUGAGGACCCCUGCAGUAGAACACUUGGAUGGCUCCGACAAAAUAAUGAUGCUAAGCCAUGGCUCUGGAAAUUUUCUAAUUGCUUUUCUCGUCCUGAGCACACAUUGCCACUUAGCCCCCACACGAAAGAUUACAUGGAGAACAAGAAAGCUGCUGUGGAGUUAAAGGACGUGCCGUCUCCCCUUCAUGCUGGCUCUAAACUUUUUCCAGCAGUCCCGCUUCCAGAUAUUCAUUCUCUCCAGCAACCUAAAAUACAGCUUUCACCUGUCCCCAAAGUAAGCUGCUGCGCUCAUUGCCCUAAUGAACCCUCCACUUCGCCCAUGCGUUUUGGUGGUGGCGGUGGCGGCGGUGGUGGCGGAGGUAGCGGUAGCUUGAUUCACCCAGGCGCACUGUUAGACUCACAGAGCACCAGGACAGUCACGUGUCAGGUAGGGUCAGGGUUUGCCUUCCAGUCUGCAUCUUCGCUCCAGAAUGCCUCAGCUAGGAACAACUUGGCCGGCCUUGCAAGUGACUUCCCCAGCAUGUGUCUAGAGAGUAAUCUAUCUUCCUGCAAACACCUGCCCUGUUGUGGAAAGCUUCAUUUCCAGUCCUGCCAUGGUAACGUGCACAAGCUGCAUCAGUUUCCGGCUCUCCAGGGCUGCGCCUCCGCUGGCUAUUUCCCCUGUUCUGAUUUCACAAGCGGGGCUCCGGGGCAUUUGGAAGAGCACAUUUCACAGUCGGAGCUAACGCCUCACUUGUGCACCAAUUCUUUGCACCUAAACGUGGUACCUCCGGUUUGUUUAAAGGGCUCACUUUACUGCGAAGACUGUCUCAACAAGCCGGCAAGAAAUAGUAUAAUUGAUGCUGCUAAAGUCUGGCCAAAUAUACCACCUCCAAAUACUCAAACUGCACCUGUUACUAUUCCUCUGUGUAAUGGCUGUGGAACCAAAGGAGCAGGGAAGGAGACCACGUUGUUAUUGGCGACCAGUCUAGGCAAAGCUGCUUCGAAAUUUGGGUCACCAGAAGUUGCACUAGCCGGACAGGUGCUGGAAAACUUACCCCCCAUUGGAGUUUUUUGGGAUAUUGAAAACUGUUCGGUUCCCUCUGGCCGCUCAGCUACUGCUGUUGUACAGAGAAUCCGUGAGAAGUUUUUUAAAGGCCACAGAGAAGCAGAAUUCAUCUGUGUGUGUGACAUCAGUAAAGAAAACAAAGAAGUUAUUCAAGAGCUGAAUAAUUGCCAGGUGACCGUUGCCCACAUCAACGCUACCGCCAAGAACGCGGCUGACGACAAACUGCGCCAGAGUCUCCGAAGGUUUGCGAACACUCACACUGCUCCAGCCACUGUGGUUCUCGUGUCGACUGAUGUCAAUUUUGCGUUGGAGCUUAGUGAUCUGAGACACAGGCAUGGUUUCCACAUAAUUUUGGUCCAUAAAAACCAGGCCUCGGAAGCACUGCUGCAUCAUGCUAAUGAGCUGAUCAGAUUCGAAGAGUUCAUUUCCGACUUGCCCCCCAGGUUACCACUAAAAAUGCCACAGUGCCACACUCUGCUCUAUGUUUAUAACCUACCAGCAAAUAAAGAUGGCAAGAGCAUCACCAACAGGCUCAGGCGCCUGUCUGAUAAUUGUGGUGGGAAAGUGCUGAGUAUCACAGGCUGCAGUGCAAUUCUCCGCUUCAUAAACCAAGAUAGUGCAGAACGGGCUCAGAAGCGAAUGGAAAACGAAGAUGUCUUUGGUAAUAGGAUCAUUGUGUCAUUUACUCCAAAAAAUAGAGAACUCUGUGAAACAAAGAGUUCCAAUGCAAUUGCUGAUAAAGUGAAGUCUCCCAAAAAACUUAAGAAUCCAAAAUUGUGCCUCAUCAAAGAUACGAGUGAACAAUCUUCCAGUGCCAAAGCCACGCCUGGAAAAGGGUCGCAGGCAAAUUCUGGAUCUGCUACAAAAAACACAAAUGUUAAAAGUUUACAGGAGCUCUGCCACAUGGAGUCAAAGACUGGCGCUAGAAGCAGUGACUCCCAGCAAGGCCACCUGAGGCUGGUGGCGCCUCCCCACAGAAGCUUGAGCGCUGCAGCGCCCGCACCCAAAAACUCGGGGACGGCAGAACCCGCUUACAAAACCAACCCGAAGAAAGAGAACCCCUGUCCCCGGAGUGUCACCAGCUCUCCUGUAGAGAACAAAGAGAAAGAGGAGACUCCGUUCCAAGUGAGUUACCCAUCUGCUUUCAGCAAGCUGAUCACGUCACGGCAAGUCAGUCCCCUGCUCGCAGCACAGUCUUGGUCUUCUCGCAGGAGUAUGUCUCCAAACCUUUUAAACAGAGCGUCCCCACUUGCUUUCAACAUUGCAAAUUCGAGCAUUGGUGCUGACAGCCCAGACCCGUUUGCAAAUGGUGCUGACAUCCAGAUCAGCAACAUCGACUACAGAUUAUCCCGGAAGGAGCUGCAGCAGCUUAUGCAGGAGGCAUUUUCUAGGCACGGCAAGGUGAAGAGUGUUGAGCUCAGCCCCCAUACAGAUUAUCAGCUCAAGGCUGUUGUUCAGAUGGAGAACUUACAAGAAGCAAUCAGUGCGGUGAAUAGCCUCCACAGAUACAAAAUUGGCAGCAAGAAGAUCCUGGUCUCACUUGCCACAGGAGCUGCUAAUAAAUCACUCUCUUUACUGAGUGCAGAAACAAUGUCUAUUCUUCAGGACGCUCCUGCCUGCUGUCUGCCUCUUUUUAAAUUUACAGAUAUCUAUGAAAAAAAAUUUGGACACAAGUUGAACGUGUCGGAUUUAUAUAAGUUAACAGACACGGUGGCAAUCCGCGAACAAGGAAACGGAAGACUGGUGUGUCUGUUGCCCAGCAGUCAGGCCCGGCAGAGCCCCUUGGGGUCUUCGCAGUCACAUGACGGCUCCUCGACAAAUUGCAGCCCAAUUAUAUUUGAAGAGUUAGAAUAUCACGAGCCUGUCUGCAGACAGCAUUGCCCCGAUAAGGACUUCAGUGAACACGAAUUUGAUCCAGACUCCUAUAAGAUUCCUUUUGUGAUCCUCUCUUUGAAGACAUUUGCGCCCCAGGUUCAUAGUCUUCUGCAGACACAUGAGGGCACCGUGCCUUUAUUAAGCUUUCCAGAUUGUUAUGCUGCAGAGUUCGGUGAACUAGAAAUAGUGCAGGAAAAUCAAGGGGGUGUUCCCUUAGAACACCUCAUCACCUGUGUUCCAGGUGUAAACAUCGCCACUGCACAGAAUGGCGUCAAAGUGGUCAAAUGGAUUCACAACAAGCCCCCACCUCCAAACACAGAUCCUUGGCUUCUGCGUUCUAAAAGUCCUGUGGGUAACCCCCAGCUGAUCCAGUUUAGCAGGGAAGUGAUUGACCUGCUAAAGAGCCAGCCGUCCUGUGUCAUCCCAAUUAGUAAUUUCAUCCCGUCCUACCACCAUCAUUUUGCAAAGCAGUGCCGGGUAUCAGACUAUGGAUAUUCCAAGCUGAUAGAAUUACUGGAAGCUGUGCCUCAUGUGUUGCAGAUCCUCGGAAUGGGCUCCAAAAGGUUGUUGACCCUUACCCACAGGGCCCAGGUGAAGCGCUUUACUCAGGAUUUACUAAAACUUCUCAAAUCCCAAGCCAGCAAACAGGUCAUUGUGAGGGAGUUCUCACAGGCUUACCAUUGGUGUUUCUCAAAAGACUGGGAUGUCACUGAAUAUGGUGUUUGUGAAUUGAUUGAUAUCGUAUCAGAGAUUCCAGACACAACCAUCUGCUUGUCCCAACAAGAUAGUGAAACGGUGAUUUGUAUCCCCAAAAGAGAGCGUACCCAGGAUGAAAUAGAAAGGACAAAGCAGUUCUCCAAGGACGUUGUUGAUUUGCUGCGGCACCAACCCCAUUUCCGGAUGCCCUUUAACAAAUUUAUCCCCUCUUACCAUCACCACUUUGGCCGGCAGUGUAAACUUGCAUACUAUGGGUUUACCAAACUACUUGAACUUUUUGAAGCCAUACCUGAUAUUUUACAAGUAUUGGAAUGUGGAGAAGAAAAAAUCCUCACUUUGACAGAGGUAGAACGAUUCAAAGCUCUUGCUGCCCAGUUUGUCAAACUCCUUCGGUCCCAAAAAGAUAACUGCCUUAUGAUGACAGAUCUGCUUACGGAAUACGCUAAAACUUUUGGUUACACGUUUCGUCUCCAAGACUACGAUGUCAGUUCAGUUUCAGCUUUAACACAGAAGCUCUGCCAUGUUGUAAAGGUUGCUGACAUGGCGUCAGGCAAACAGAUUCAGCUGAUCAACCGCAAGUCCCUGCGUGCUCUCACUGCCCAGCUGCUGGUGUUGCUGAUGUCUUGGGAAGGAGCCGCCCACCUGUCUGUCGAUGAGCUCAAGAGGCGUUAUGAAACUACCCACAGUGCUCCCCUCAACCCCUGUGAAUAUGGAUUCAUGACCUUGACCGAACUUCUGAAGAGUCUGCCCUACUUAGUGGAGGUUUUUACUAAUGACAAGACAGAGGAGUGUGUGAAGCUCACAAGCCUGUAUUUGUUUGCCAAGAACGUGCGGUCUCUACUCCAUACUUACCACUACCAGCAGCUUUUUCUCCAUGAGUUUUCCGUGGCCUAUACCAAGUAUGUCGGAGAAACACUGCAACCCAAGACCUACGGCUACAGUAGUGUGGAGGAGCUCUUGGGAGCAAUCCCUCAGGUGGUCUGGAUCAAAGGACAUGGUCAUAAGAGAAUUGUAGUGUUAAAAAAUGACAUGAAAAGCCGUGUGAGUUCACUCGGGCUCUCCCCUGUCAGUCCUGAAGACCAGCCCUCGGCCACAGAGCGCAUCCCGGCGGCGCCCGAAUCUUGCACAGCCCCGGAACUCAGACUUGGAGCAGGCAGCGAUGGGCCCCAUCAAGCCGAGCAGGAGCUCCUCCGCCUGACCAACGACUCCCCCGUGGACCUCCUGUGUGCGCCCGUCCCGUCAUGCCUGCCGUCCCCUCAGCUGAGACCAGAUCCUGUCAUCCUCCAGUCUGCUGAUCUCAUUCAGUUUGAGGAGCACCCUCAAGCGCCUUCUGAAAUCAUGAUUUUAAACCAAGAAGAGAGCAUUGAAAUUCCAGUACCAGUAAAGAACAAAAACCCGGCCUCCGAGUCCAGCUCACCCUGCGUCUCAGCAGCUGCCCCAGUGCCUCCCUGCCCCUCCUCGGAAACCUCAGAGUCCCUGCUCGGCAAGGACCCCGUGGAAAGCCCGGCCAAAAAGCAACCCAAAAAUAGAGUAAAAUUGGCAGCCAAUUUUUCCUUUGCACCUAUAACCAAGCUUUGACUCGCGUUUUGAACAUAGAAUUAGGAUGGGGAAACGCUGUCUGAUUCUGCACACAAAAGUGGGUUCAAAAAACACAGCCUUUUCCGUUUGAAUGAAAACCCCCUAGAAGCCACUUACUUCAUCUUUAGAUGUAUCCCGUAACGUUUUGUUUCUUUUACAUUGAACACAGCCUUGAGCUGAAAUGUUUUUCUUUUUUCCUCCCCUAAUUAUUUGGGAAAAAAACAACAAAAAAGCCACCCCAAAACCUCCUGGCAUUUGUUAAAGAAUUCUUAAUAUAUUUUACCCAGUUUUUCUUAUCACGAAACGUAAUGAUGUUCUCUAAGAAGAAAGCAGUGAGAACUCAGCUCGAAGGGAGUGGUUUUACUUCCCUUCAAGCCACACCCGUGGUCGAAUCUUACAUGUAGCACAAGAUAGCCUCUGAGCCUUCGCUUCCUGGUGUUUCCAGACAGUCUGAAUCAAGUGCAUGGUGUGUCUUUGCAUUGAAGCCUGCUCCACAGCCUGUGCGUUCACACACGGAAGCAGAAGGGCGGGCGAGGUGGUGAGAAUGUGUUUUCACGUUGGAUUAGGAAGGUUCCUAGCUUCCAUGUGACUUGUAAGCGUGCCUUGGUUUCUUUUGUUUUUUGUAGCUAUGUCUGUAGUUGACAAAUGUGGCUUCAUGACGAAAAUUUUUAAAUGUUUCCGCUUCAGGGUUCCACGUAGGAGCUUUCUAGAACGUUGAGGAUGUUUUAAGCUUCCCUUUUAUGUUCCAUUCCAGUUUGAUAGGCAUUGGGUUAAGGAAAAGGAGAUGGCCUUGGUGUCAUGAAUUGAAAGUCAGCAUCUGAAUUCUAGCACACAGUGUUGUGUGUUGAGAGGCAAUGUUGGGAAGAGAGUCUGAUUUCCUAAAAUAUGCAUGAAAUGCAUAAAUUACAAAUCAGAGCCGAGGGGGUGCGUUAACAGGAGUGAUACCGAUACUCUUUCCACUAGGAAGAGACAGAAUUCUAUCUAUACGUGUGAAGGCCAAGGUUGAUCAUCUUAACCUUGUAUUUGUCAUUUUAAACCUGGUUUCGGUAGCCGGGAAGCUUUCUGCGCGAGUGCAUGUGUGUGCGCGUGCGUGUUGGCUCCGUGUCUUUUAAGAGUGUCCGUCCGCUUUUACUGUUACUUCUCGCUGUUGUUGGAAGCAUGUUUGGUUGUUUUGUGGUGUCUGAUGUUGCCCUUUGGGAAAAGCCAGCCUCUGAGGGAGCACUGCCCUGUGGAAUGACCUUCGCCUCGAGGUGGCAGAGGCAUCCGGUGACGGUGACCUCUCACCCCUCCUGGAGAAACCUGACAUUUACAAUGGGUUGUAUUUGUUGGGCAAAAAGGCGGAUUCAUUCAUAGAGCAGAGAGAACCCGUGGGCUUAAGGUCUUCUGCUGCGGAGAUGGUUUCUUUGGGGGAAUUGUUCAUAUUUUGUAAUUUCUAGAAGGCCGGAGAGUGGGCUCUGAUUUCUUCAUAGCCAGCAUUUGGAUAAAAUGCCACAGAACAAGGGCUAGAGAGAGAUUUUUACGAGUCAGGUUUUUGUUCCCCAAAAUCUCUAAAACGAAGCCAGUGAUUCUCAGUUCUCCACACAUGGCCCCAGUCGAGAUGGAACAGCACUGGAAAAGCCUUCCAAGCAUUCUGGCCCCUCUGCGAACCCUCUGGGAACGAAGGCAUUUCCUCUACAGACAUAGGACGGCAGGAAGUCAAAUACAGAUGUGCAAUUUUUUUUUAAGAAGCUUUUAAACAGUGUAAUAAAGUUGGUGUUGAGAACCUCAGUUGCCUUAUCCUGAGACUUCUUAAGGCUGAGUUUGCACUCUUGGACUUUAGUUUUGCUCGCAGAUGCGGGAUUGACUUUAAAAACGUAAGAGGUACCAUUACAAGUCACUUAGGGACAGUCUCAGAGCGGCUUCUUUGAGCAACAGACGGAGAAGAGCCUGCAGACGUACGCUGUCGUGGGAGUCUGGUCGAACCGAACCGCUCGCCGGGGUCACCAGUCAGCCUGGGACGCGUGUGUGACUCUAACGGUCGCUGUUGGAAGGUGAGAGAACACAGCGAGAGCUCGGUGUGUCGGUGAUGUACUCCACAACGGCCAGUCUGAUCGUGAUCUAUUUUUUUAUCCAGAGGCUUAAUUAAAUGAUGUGACAAAAUGAUGUAUGAGAAUUAAGACAAUGAAAUUCUUUAUUUCUGGGUGGAAAGAUGUACCAGAUUAGAUUUAUCUGUUUAAAAAAAAAAAAAAAAAAAAGACAAAAAGUCGUCACCAAACCCCCCUUUCCCAUCUUGCACUGUUUGUUUUGGAUUGGGCUUGGGGGAAGAGAUGUUUUUCUUAACUGUCUACUUUGUUUCAACACUUUCUUUGUGGUUCAAGUGCUGUUUUGUGUGUUGGGACCAAACAGUUGUCAAUAAACUUUACAAAGCAAGCA